AUGAAUUUUUUCUCAUAUUUCAACAGAAUUUUCCAUGGCCACCCUUCUGCCUCCAAGCUUUUUGUCAUUAGUUCUCUCAGUAGUGGAGUGCUCAUUGCUUAUGCGGACUCACCUUCAGAAGGUGGAAAAUCAGUUGUCGAACUCAAUCAAAAGGUACCACAGAAGAAAAGGGUGGUGGUACUAGGAACAGGAUGGGCUGGUACUAGCUUUCUGAAGGAUCUGGAUAUUUCGUCCUAUGAUGUUCAGGUGGUUUCACCUAGGAAUUACUUUGCUUUCACCCCUUUGCUACCGAGUGUUACGUGUGGAACAGUUGAGGCACGAAGUAUUGUAGAGCCUGUUCGAAACAUAAUAAAGAAGAGAAAUGGGAUAAUUAAUUUCUGGGAAGCAGAAUGCCUCAAGAUUGAUCAAGCAAACGGAAUGGUUUUCUGUCGGUCGACUAUUGAUGAAAAUUUAGCAGGAAAUAAUGAAUUCUCUCUACAAUAUGAUUAUUUAGUUAUAGCAAUUGGAGCACAAGUAAACACAUUUAACACUUCUGGUGUUUUGGAGCAUUGCCAUUUUUUGAAGGAAGUAGAGGAUGCUCAAAGGAUCCGUAGGACUGUAAUAGAUUGUUUUGAAAAAGCUGUCCUUCCAGGGCUGACUGAAGAAGAGAGGAAAACUAACCUCCACUUCGUAGUAGUCGGAGGGGGUCCAACUGGCAUAGAAUUUGCAGCGGAACUUCACGACUUUGUUCAUGAAGAUUUAGUCAAAAUAUAUCCCUCAGUUAAAGAUUUAGUAAAGAUAACAAUGAUCCAAUCUGGAGAUCAUAUCUUGAACUCGUUCGAUGAAAGGAUCAGCUCAUUUGCUGAACAGAAAUUUCAAAGGGAUGGUAUUCAAGUUUUGACAGGACACCGCGUAGUCAGUGUUUCUGAUAGAUUGAUUAACAUGAGGAAUAAAGCUACUGGAAAUGAUGAUUCAAUACCUCAUGGGAUGGUGGUAUGGUCAACCGGUGUUGGGACUCGUCCAGUUGUCAAGGAUUUUAUGGAACAAGUUGGACAGGGCAAUAGGCGUGUUCUAGCAACUGAUGAAUGGUUGCGAGUGAAGGGAUGUGAGAAUGUGUAUGCCCUUGGUGAUUGUGCCACUGUUGAUCAAAAAAAAAUCAUGGAAGAUAUCUCAGAAAUAUUUAAAGCUGCGGAUAAAGAUAAUUCCGGUACCCUAACUAUAGAAGAAUUCCAAGAUGUGAUUGAAGAUGUCAUCAUCAGAUACCCUCAAGUGGAACUGUAUUUGAAGAACAAGCAUCUAUUUGACGUAGCUGACUUACUAAAAGAUACAGAUGGUAAUGAUAGACUGGAGGUAGAUAUUGAAGGGUUCAAAUUAGCACUAUCGCAUGUUGAUACACAGACGAAGAGUCUUCCGGCUACUGCACAAGUUGCAGCUCAACAAGGUGCAUAUCUAUCGAGGUGCUUUAACAUAUGGGAGAAAUGUAAAGACAAUCCAGAAGGCCCUCGUAAAUUCAGAAGUGGUGGCCGUCACGAAUUUCGUCCUUUUCGGUACCGGCAUCUUGGGCAAUUUGCUCCACUUGGAGGGGAACAAGCAGCUGCAGAAUUGCCUGGAGACUGGGUGUCUAUAGGUCAUAGUACUCAGUGGUUGUGGUAUUCUGUUUAUGCAAGCAAGCAAGUUAGCUGGCGCACCAGGUUCCUAGUAAUAGGCGAUUGGUCGAGAAGAUACAUCUUUGGGAGAGAUUCAAGUCGUAUCUGA